AUGGAAGGAGAGAAUACUACAGUGAAUGAAUUUAUCUUUCUUGGACUGGCCACCAAUCCAGAGCUGAAGAUAUUCUUCUUUGCAUUCUUCUUAGUUGUAUAUAGUGUUGCUGUGCUUGGCAAUCUGUUGAUUGCAGGCCUUGUAGCUUAUGAGCCUAUUCUCCAUAACCCUAUGUAUUUCCUUUUGGGCAACCUGUCCUUCUUGGAUUUCUGCUAUUCAUCUAUAACUGCCCCCAAAAUGCUGGCUGGCUUUUUAUCAAGGACCAGUUCCAUCACUUAUGGUGGCUGUCUUUCCCAGAUCUUCUUCUUCCACUUUAUUGGGGGUAUCAAGAUCUUUCUUCUUACCAUCAUGGCCUACGACCGCUAUGUUGCCAUCUUCCAUCCCUUGCGCUAUGGGGCCAUCAUGAAUGCAAACAUGUGUGGGGCACUGGUGUGGGCCUCCUGGAUCGGUGGCUUUAUCCACUCCAUUGUCCAAGUAGCCAUCAUCAGACAAUUGCCCUUUUGUGGCCCCAAUAAACUGGAUAAUUUCUACUGUGAUGUGCCCCAGGUGGUCAAACUGGCUUGCACUGAUACUUUUGUGGUGGAGUUACUCAUGGUGUCCAACAGUGGUCUGGUGACCUUGAUGUGUUUUGUGGUGUUAAUUGUGUCUUACUCCAUUCUCCUGGCCAAGCUCAGGGCAGGGUCUGCACUAGGCCGGAGCAAGGCUAUCUCUACUUGUGCAUCUCAUAUCCUGGUGGUAACCCUGAUUUUUGGACCUUGCAUCUAUAUUUAUGCCCGUCCCUUUUACAGUUUUCCCUUGGAUAAAGCAGUUUCUGUUCUCUACACUGUCAUCACUCCCAUCCUGAAUCCUUUCAUUUACACCCUGAGGAACAAAGAUUUCAAAAUGGCUCUGGAAAAACUCAAGGGAAGACAAGGAAAAUUAAGUCCCUGA